GUCCCCAAUGUCCCCAAUGUCCCCUGACGGUGUCCCCGCUGUCCCCGCAGCCGCGCCCGACGCUGACGCUGUCCCAGGCCCCGCAGGCCCCGGGGGGGCCCCCGCGCCCCCCCAGCAUCAUCAAGGUCCCCAGCGCCAUCGCCCUGCCCGUCCCCGUGCCCGUCCCCGUGCCCACGCUGGCCCCCGGCCGCCCCGGGACCCCCACCCAGCCCUCGCCGCCACCCCCCAAGUUCAUCGUCAUGUCCUCGGCCAGCAGCGCCGGCCAGCAGGUGAUCACCCUGAGCACGUCCCCCGCGCCCACCGCCACCUCCCCGGUCACCACCACCGUCCCCAGCGUGCAGCCACUGGUCAAACUGGUGUCGGCGCCCGCCGUGCCCGGCGCCGGCGCUGCCAGCGGCGUGUCCGGCGCUGCCGGCGGCGUCCCCAGCGCGGCGGUGCAGAAAUACAUCGUGGUGUCCCUGCCCGCCGCGGGUGACACCAAAGGCACCGCUGGCGCUGCCACCACCACCCCCAGUGCCCCCGGUGCCACCCCCCCGGCCCCGCAGUUGUCCCCAAGUGCCACCACCACCACCACGGUGGCCACCGGCGGCGGCAGCGGCGCGUCCCCGGUGGCGGCCACGGUCAAGGCGGAGGCUGGGGACAGUCCCCAAGGGCCGGCGGGGGCCACCGCUGGCACCUUCGGUAAAGCCAACGGGACCCCCGCGGGUGGGACACAGGAGCCACAGGGUGGCCAGUGACCGGGCAGUGGCGGCCAGAGGGUCACUGAGGGGUCAGUGAGGGGUCCCCAAGGGGUCCUGGGGGUGACAAGAGGGGCUGGGGGACCCCAAAG